AUGUUCUGUCUAUUUAUUCUUCUAUCAUCGUUAUAUCUAUUUUUCCUGCUAUCUAUCUAUCUAUUAUUCUAUUUAUUUUUUCUAUCUAUCUAUCUAUUCUUGCUUCUAUUAACGAUCUAUCUAUGUUUCCUUCUGUCUGUCUAUUUUUCCUUCUAUCAUCGUUAUAUCUAUUUUCCUGCUAUCUAUUAUUCUAUCUAUCUAUCUAUCUAUCUAUCUAUUCUUGCUUCUAUUAACGAUCUAUCUAUGUUUCCUUCUGUCUGUCUAUUUUCCUUCUAUCAUCGUUAUAUCUAUUUUCCUGCUAUCUAUUAUUCUAUCUAUCUAUCUAUCUAUAUUCUUGCUUCUAUUAACGAUCUAUCUAUGUUUCCUUCUGUCUGUCUAUUUUUCCUUCUAUCAUCGUUAUAUCUAUUUUCCUGCUAUCUAUUAUUCUAUCUAUCUAUCUAUCUAUUCUUGCUUCUAUUAACGAUCAAUCUAUGUUUCCUUCUGUCUCUUCUUCCUUUUCUUCUUUUUCUCUUCCUUUUCUUCUCCGUCUCCUUCUUCUCCUCCUCUUCCUUCUUCUUCUUCAAUUUUCUUAUUCUACUUUUUCUUCUUCUUCAGCUUCUUCCUUUUCUUCUUUUUCUCUUCCUUUUCUUCUCCGUCUCCUUCUUCUUCUCCUCUUCCUUCUUCUUCUUCUUCUUCUCCUCUUCCUUCAUCUUCUAA